AUGAUUUCGAACAUCAUCCCGAGCUCAUCAUUGAUUCUCUUGACCCCAGUUUUGGCAUUUGUUUGCUUACAGCUCAUCACGUUCUUGAAAAGAAUAUUCUCACCACUUGCUCCUUUGCCCGGACCGUGGAUUACCAGGGUAUCUUACAUCCCCAUCUUUGCAUAUGAUCAACGGUCCAAACGAACAGAAUGGAUUCGCCAACUCCACGAAGAGUACGGUCCUGUUGUCCGUGUGUCACCUAGUGAAGUCUCCGUUUCAUCUGCAACGGGCAUCCGUGACAUCUUUUCCGGUUCACCCACGUCGGGCGGACCGUUCCCAAAAUCCAAAUUCUUUGAAUUAUUCAAACAUUUCGGGGCUCGCAAUGCUUUCACAUCAAUCACCUCUGCUCAACAUGGCUGGCGUCGCAAGAUCAUUGGGUCAAGCUACACUCAAUCGGCAGUGUUGGCACGAGAAGCGGCCACGGGGAACAUUUGGCGAGUUGUGGGAAACUACUUGAACUACAUUGACCAAAAUGGCAUUCCGACGCAAGACGAUGAUAAUGCCAGAUCUUUGGACAUUCACACGGCCAACACAUUCUUUGCCGCUGACGGCGUAUCUUCGUACGUGUUGCUGAAUGGGAUGGAUGCUCUCGCCGGGAAUGAGAAGCACCGACGUUUGAUUAUUGCAACGCAAGAGAAACCGGAAGACAUGCUCUCUUAUCUCCAUCAAGAGUAUCGAGAAUUUUUCAAUUGGUUGAGAAUGAUCAAGAGCACAAUCAGAAGCUUGGUGCCCGGUCUCGGACCUCAAGUGAUUUCGGAACGAACAAGAGUUGGAGACAAAGAUCCAAAGAAAAUCAAUUCACCUUGGAUCGGUGGUACGGAAUAUCGAGAUUUCGGCUACCGAAGCUAUUUGGAGUCAAGGAGGGCAUUAGAAUCAAAUCCUCAAGGAUGGAACUCAGCGCCGAUCACUGUGAAGCUAGCCUGGAAUGUCCUUACCGGUGACGAGGCUGCGAAGGGCAAGAAAAUAAUUGUCGAAGAUCCUGGUAUGAGAGGAUUUGAAGGAGAUAGUAAUUUCCUUAAAGAUGCUGGUGCAGCCAGUGAGACUAUGGACCACCUCAUUGCCGGACAAGACACAACUUCUGAAACACUCUCUCAUGCUUUCCAGGCGCUCUGCGUGAACAAGGUUGUACAAGAAAAACUGCGAUCUGAAGUGGCAUCUUUGCACCUUCCUCUAGAUCAUGGCGACGCUUUGUCCUCGGAGCAACUCUCCAAAGUCAUGAAAUUACCAUACCUUGAGGCCAUAAUCAAAGAGACACUCCGCCUGUACCCACCCCACACUACGAAUAUCCAUCGAAUGGUCCCCGCUGAAGGACGUCUACUUGAUGGCUUUUAUUUACCCGGAGGAGUCAAGGUUGGAACUUCUUCGUACGUUGUUCACAUGAACAGCGAAGUGUUCGGUGCGGAGGUCCAAACAUGGAGACCCGAGAGAUGGCUGAUUGAGGAUGCCAAUCAAAUCCGGAAGAUGGACCACACUCUGUGGGCGUUUGGCAGCGGCGCGAGAGGAUGCGUCGGUAAACACCUUGCCAUGGUUGAGAUGAAGCUACUACUUUCCGCCAUUUACACACGGUACACAACGAUAGCAGACAAUGCGAAUAGUGUGCCGCUGGAACAGAACCACUACCGCUCUCGAACUACGAACCGAGACUAUCAGUACUUUCCGAAAGCCAGCGGCAGAAUUGCAUUUGUGAAGAGUGUUCGAGCAUAG